UAACCAGAUGGCUAUAUUACAAAAGCAGGGUUGCAAGCUGAGGCUAGUGCCCUGGAGGGAGGAAAUGAGUGUAGUUGCAGAACCAAGAGACCCUCCUGGACUGAGGCGUCAGGAGGCUUCCCUGCCUGAGCUGGAGUUAACUUUUUCAGGGUGUUUCAACCUCCACACUGUUGAUCUUUGUUGGGGUGGGGGGACUGUCCCAUGCUCUAUGGGAUCUUGAGCAGCAUCCCUGCUUUCUAUCCACUCAGUACCAGUAUCCCCCCACACACACCAGUUUUGCCAACCAAAAAUAUCUCCAGAUAUUGCCAAAUGUCUCCUGGGGGACACAAUGCCCCGCUGAGAACCACUGAACAAGGGCAAGGAAAGCAGAGCAUUUGGGCACAGGUACUGGCCUGGGCAGCAAGGCUUGUGGAUGCAUCAUGCCAGGUUCUGUAGGUCACUGUAAGGACUUGUGGGCUUUUCCUCUGGGUGACAAGGGCACUGGCUGCAGUGGGCCCACAUGGUAGAUCAGGGAGCCGGGAGCCUGUUGAGUGGUAACAGUGGCUUAACCCUGGAGGUGGUAAGAAGGGGGCAGACUCCAGGGAUAUCACCCGCCUAUUGCCCAGGAUCCUUCUGCAAAUGUGGGCAUUGUGGCAGGUGGAACUCAGGGGUUUGUAGAGUUUUCCCAGGGCCUGGUCCCCAGACAGACUCCAAAGUGUUGACCUUCAGGUAGACCUGGCCUUGGGUGAGGGGGGGACUUCCUAGUGUGGAUAAAAAUUAUUUCUAAUUAAGGCUGUUAUUGCUCAAGGAUGGCAGGUUCCAUCCUAUUGGGCGGGAAAAACUUUCCCUUCCAACACUGUCAGUCUUCUCAAAAAAACGAAUUGGAACAGCUUGCUCUCACUGAGUGCCGACUUGGUGCUUUUCCACAUCCUCAUAACCACACCACCUGGUGUUAGUUACUGUUAUUUGCUCUGCUUAUGGUGAGAUGUGAGAAAUAAAGUACAGGGUCUUGGGACCCAGGGGAGCCUGCUAGCUUUAGCACUCCCAGUCUUAGUGGGCUGUUGCUGGCCUCACGUACAGUGAGUCUUCUGCACUUCCCACAGCUGCGCUCUCCUUUGUCCCUCACCAGCCCCAUUUACGGGCCUCAAUGAGGUGGAGUUGUCUGAGGUUUGGAGGCCAGGAAAUGGUGGUCCAGCAAUAAUAACAUCCCCUUCCACCUUCACCCACACCAGCUGAUGCUCCAGCUUCAGUGACCAGCGCCCUCAGCUCCUUGCACUUGCCUGCAGGCCCUUUCUUGACUUCAGAGCCUUAGCAGAUCCUGUUCUCCAAGGGCUGGCUUUUCCUGUACAUCUUAGCAUCAGCGUUGCCUCCCUAAGUAUGUCCUGCCCCACCCAGUCUAGCAUCGUGGGACCUGGUCCCCUAUCAUCUUGGCAUGGUAUUUCCGCAUUUGUAGUGACAUAUGUUUGGUGUAUUGACCUGUUUGCAGUCUCGCUCCUGCACCAGACGCUGAGCUUGGGUAGGGCAGGGUGGUCUGUCUUGAGUGCCUCCAUCUUCCAGGACUUUGCUCCCUCACUUCCCUCUCAGAUGGCGUGGUGGACCAGGACUUUUACCAGGAGGCUGCAGUUCCCCUAUGGGCAAAGGCUGUCAUCUCCUGCACACUUUCACAGGUGUUCAGAAGACUUGGUCACCUGUUCAUGAGGGGCUGUUCACUUCCCUGCUGUCAAGUCCCUCAUCUCUGGCCAUGAUGAAGCACUGGCUUUCAGUCCCUGAAUUGUUAUGAACACCCAGUGGUGCUGGGCUUCUAGAACAUUCAUCUUAGACCAUCUUUUGAGCGUGGGCUGCAGUGCAGUUCACAGGUUGUAGAUUCCCUUCUCCCCCACACCUCAGGCUCUGUGGCUGGGCCAGGGUGGCUGCCUGUCUGGUAGCAGAAGCACUGAAGAUAGUGAAUGGAAGUUGGCCAGGGUGAGUGAGGAGAAGGCUGGUAAUAUCACAAAGAAACAGUAAAAGCCAACCAGCAUGUUUUCAUUAGGAUGAGGGCGGGAUGGUCAGGCUUCAGAACUGAUUACAGUUAGACCCUAUGGAAGAGCCAAGGUGAGCUCAUCAGCUGUUGGAGUGCCUUGCAGAGUCCCCAGUGUAGCCUCAUGUCUCUCUGUCUUUCAGGGCUCUUGUGUCCAGCCUGAGUUCCAGCCUCACUGAGCCGGUCACCCCCAAGACCUUCCCGCUGAGGAAGCCUUCCCCAGCACUGACCAUGUCUAUUAUGGACCACAGCCCCACCACUGGUGUGGUCACAGUCAUUGUCAUCCUCAUUGCCAUCGCUGCCCUGGGGGCCUUGAUCCUAGGCUGCUGGUGCUACCUGCGGCUGCAGCGCAUCAGCCAGUCAGAGGACGAGGAGAGCAUCGUGGGGGAUGGCGAGACCAAGGAGCCCUUUCUGCUGGUGCAGUACUCAGCCAAGGGACCGUGUGUGGAGAGGAAGGCCAAGCUGACCCCCAACGGCCCAGAAGUACACGGCUGAGCUGGGACGCAGAGGCUCCUGAGCCUAUUUGCAGGCAGCUGAGAGGCACGUGAGAGGGAAACCACAGACAUGCUGCCACUGAGAGGAGGGGUUGACACUUGCUGGCAUGGCCUCGCCAGGCUUUUAUCGCAUGCACUGACUCCUGGGGUCCCAGCUGUCCCAAGCCAGGACUUGGUGGCCCUGGGCAUCCCCUCUGCCUCCUGGUGGGGCUGCCCAUUGCAGGCAGUGGGCAGACCUAACCUUGCUGGGGUUCAAGGCCCCAUAGCGCUUUUGUUACUUGAAUGUUUAGCUGAGCCUGUUUUUGAUGGAGCUACUACUGUAACGCGUGAACUCAUAAACCUGUGAACUGUAAAUAGGCCCCAGAAGCACGUGUUUAAACCUUUUUUGCUGAUUUUUAAAAAUAUCAGAUAGCUUACAUGGGACUGACCCUACUAAUGAUAAGCUAAAUCAAGGCUGUGGGGGAGGGUCUUAGACAUGUAAGGCCCAAGUUGCACUUGGCAGGGGCCUCUAAUAUAUAUAUAUGUGUGUGUGUAUGUAGAGGAUGUGACAUGUCAGUUUUAAGUUUCGGAGCUGACAGGUUGGGGUGUUGUGGUGAUUUCUGCUUGGUUAGCAAUGGAUGGAAGAACCAUACCACCGGCUCUUUCUCUAGGUAGGACCGGCUGUUAAAUACCAGUUCCUGUUGAUAUUGCAAGGAAGCUACUGCAGCUGCUUGGGAGCCAGUGAAGGACAAGUCAGGGCACAUGUCCUGAGGGCUACCAGGCAUCCUAGUGGCAGAGCAGUUUCUUGCCCCUAUGGUCUUGAGCAUGCCGAGCACUCCCUGUCCCCAUCCAUGUCCAGUUACACCCCCCCCUCCCCCCGCAUUAGUGAGUGCAGGCUUCCCAGAGCAGGCAGUGGCUACUUUUAUCUGAAACCCAUUGGCCCAGGAGAAAAAAAUUGUGGUUUUUAUUUGUUGUUGUAUUUAAUAUUUUCUGCACUGGAGGGGAGGGGGAAGGGACUGAGUUUUCCUCCACUCCCUCCCUUUUCACAAAUCAGUUUCCUUUCUUAAAUUACCACUCACCUGCUAGGUACUAGAUUUUACUCUCCUCAGUGGAUCACCUAGGAGAGUCCCCUGACUCCACUAGAACACCAAGUGCGGUAGAAGGACAUUUCUUAUGUGCAUGUGUACACAGGAGCCCCAGAUGUUCCCUGACUGCCUGUGCUUAGUGAGAACCUGGGGGGACUGGGUGGGGGAGAGGGAGUUUCAGGUUCUGAACUUAAGUUUUCAAAAAGAUAAGGAGUUAGUGGCUCCUGGAUCAGGCCAGCGCCUCCACAGCCUGCCAUCUCUAAGGUGUCCCUUGUGUGAACUUGCUUAGAUUUUUAAUCCCACCCCUAUAAACACAUUCUUACUAUCAUGCUUAAACCAUGACUUGUAUCGGCAUUCUGGGUAAUAAACUGUAGGCCAGCCCUGGCUUAAUCUCGGUGAACUGGCCCUUAGCACUUGAAUGGCCUAGCAGCAUGGGCAUGGAGCUCCCAGGGGCUCUCAGCCUUGCUCACCAGCUCCCACCACCAUCAGAGCCCUGGCCUCGGGGUCAGGCUGAAGGCGGAUUACCUAUGGCCUCAUUCAAGUCUCUAAAAAGCAUGUUAAACUAAUCUACUUUCUAGAACCCCAAGAAGGGCGCUUAAGGAACAUUUAUUUUAGCAGUAUAUGCCUAAAUUGGGGUCAAACAUUAAGUAAUAGCUUGGGGGGAGGGAGCAGGGUAGCUAGUUAGGCAGUUUGAGCCAAAGACAAGAACAAAUGUCUUUGGCCCUAGCUCCAGAUGCUCAAGCAUGAGAAUUAGGCUGGAGACCAGCAGAGGCCCUACAGGCUGGGAGGAGGAGACAAGUUCCAAAGGUGCCAACUUGAAAAUCAGGGAGAAGGUUUGCUUUCUAAUGAAGGAUGCUCAUGAAAAAAAUGGAAGGUGUUUGAUCCAUUCCUCUUGCAUUCCAGAACUUCCAAGCUUUCUACCUCUACUUUCUGCAGUAGCAGCAUACACCUAGGCUGUCUUUCACCCUAGUAACCCAGGAGCACCUGGGACUUGCAUUUUCAGUCACUGAUCCUGACCCUGAAAAAGACCAUCACGUGACUGUCAGACUUGCCCUGAGGUUUUUACUGUGCACCAGUGAAGUUUGGGUUUUGAAAUGCUGAAAUGUCACUUUCUCCUUAGUUCCACUUUUGGAAGUUCUUUAUUCCACUCCUUGGUUGCCAGGGAUGACAUCUUUGCAGCUUGAAUCUGGCUCAUCAGCAAGAUGGCAGUGCCAGGUGAAGGUCACAGGCAUGGUGGGGCACUCUUGGGGGUCUUUGAGAGGAAAGUGAAAGUGCCUGUAGAACUGAUGAACCACCACAUAAUAGCUCUCACUGUUCUUAUUUAUCAAUAGCUACUUUUUUUUAGUGUAGACACCAGAGCCACACACUCAACUGGCUUAGUAAGUUAUGACCUCUCAUUGAAUUCUUUCUGAAUAGCCCACUGUUGUAUUCAAGUUUCCUGACUAGUCAGUCAAGAAAUUAACAUUUCAUCCUGUAUGUCAUCACAGAAGCAACAGUAGGAGAAUGGGGAGGGAACUCUGACACUGAGCCACUAAAAUAUGGACUGAUUUUUCAGAUAAACCUUCAAAUGGACUGUGCUACUGUUUUUGUCUCAAAGUUACCAAGUUUGUGCAAUAAGUGGAAGGGAUGUCAUCCCUGUUCAAUAAAAGUUGAAUGACGUUCACAUUGA